UUCAGUUGGCCAGGCUGCAAAUAUCUUAAACAAGUCUUGAAAUAUUUAAUUUUUAAAACGAAAAUUCAAAAUGAUCUACUCGGAUAAUUUCUGUUGUUGCAUUGAGCUCAAGUGUGGCUGCAUAUUGAUAGCCAUCAUUGAGGUGCUUAUCCGUGGCCUUGAUCAGUUCUUUGUGGAUCGCGAGACUGUACUGGGAUUCAUUUCCCUGAUCGUGAGCGGUGCCUAUGUGAUCAGCUGCAUUUUCCUUUUUCUUGGAGCUCUGCUGGGGCUGCGCUGUUUUCUAUUCCCAUAUCUCUCGGUGUCCUGCCUCCGUUUCUUUAUCUUAGUCGCCGAGGGUGUGUUUGUGGCCACGGAUGGAGUUGUCAACAAUUAUCUUAUCUUUGAUUUAAUUCAAUCGAUUGUGGGUCUGUACUUUUGGCUGGUUGUCUUCUCCUACUAUGAUCGCUUAAAGGAAGGUUGAGGAUAAUUCUUCAUUUUUCUUAAUUAAUAUCAUAUAUUUUUUGUUUUGUUUUAAAUUAAAGUUGACUUAUUAAUAGAA